AUGGAGAGUAUCAAAAAGUGGCUGCAGGAUCGAAGCACCAGGAAAGACGGUAUCUACGUGCAUCACAGCCCGCCGAAACUGUUAGGUUCGGUGACAGCAGCCCAACUCCGUCAGCUGGCCCGCGGCGGGGCCGACAGCGGGCUGGAGCGCGCCGUGCUCGCGGGGCAGGGCCGGCGGCUCCUAUUGGAGGCCGAGACGCUGCCCCUGCCCACUCAUAUAGAGGCCUUAGUCAACAAGUGUGAGGCGCUGCAUGAGGCUGUGGAGAAGGGCUCGCUGCUGGAACUACAGGUACAGCUGGAGCUACUGGACGGCGAGUAUAACCGCAAGAAAACCGUGACAUGUCGCGACGAGGCUGGUGCUGGGCUGCUUCAUAAAGCUGUGUACUAUGACUACACGGACAUCGUGGAGUGGCUGGUCAACAACUACCCGCAGCUCGUCCAUCAGAGAGAUUCUUUCGGCCGCACGCCGCUCCACUACGCAGUGGGACGCCGCGCUAGCGCCGCCGCAGCGCUGCUGGAGCGCGCAGGCGCAGCGCGCGGCGCGCGUGACGCGGCGGGCCGCACACCGGCGUUCUACCGCGCGCAGCGCACUUCGCUAGAGCUACCCGAGAAGAUAGUCAUACCCAUGCCGGACAAACCAGGUUAG